AUGAAAUAUAUUAAUAUUGCUUUGGUUAUUGCGAUCUUUGUUACUUUUGUUUACUCACACGGUGGUGGACCUAAACUGAUUAUUCCUGAGGGUCCGGGUUCAGGUCCUUGGCCAAUUGGUUCUGAACAAAUCGCUAGUUGGCAUUCUGCAGGAUUUACCGUUGAUGUCUUUAGCGCUGAAUCUUCCCUUUUAAAAGGAAAAAUGCCAUUCACAAUCGACGACCAAUAUACUUCUGAAACUAGAUAUGCAGUUAAUGUCGCUCUCAAGUCUGACCCUUCCAUUUUUGGUACUGGCACACCUUUCCCGGAAAACGGUUCGGCUGAUCAGUACGGUAGUUUUAUAAAAUAUAUGAUCGUAUUGUUACCUUCUAUUUGCGUAAGAGAG